AUGCCGUCUGUCCCCCGCCGCUCACCCAGCGCUGUGCCCGUCUGGCUCGAUUGCGAUCCAGGAAAUGACGACGCCUUUGCCAUCUUACUAGCGGCCUUCCACCCGAGCUUCCGGCUUUGUGGCAUUUCCACGGUGCACGGGAACGUGAGCUUGCGCAAAACCACGCGCAAUGCCUUGGCGUUGCUUGAGAAAUUGCGCUUUGCCCAGGGCGAGAUCCCGGUAUACGCCGGGGAGCCGGCGCCGCUCGUGGUGCCGCCUUUGCACGCCGAGGCCAUCCACGGCAGCUACGGCAUUGGCGGCACGGAUUUGCCCGAGACCCCGGGCUUGCAAGCCAACACGGAAAUGCCGUACACCGAAGCCAUGGCCAGGGCCGUGGAGGACCACGCCGGCGAGCUCUGUAUCGUGUGCACGGGCGCCCUCACGAACCUCGUCAAGUUUAUGGCGCGGUUCCCGGGCCUCGUGCCGAAAAUCAGGCUUGUUUCCAUAAUGGGCGGAGCCUUUGACUGCGGCAACAUUUCGCCCGGCGUCGAGUUCAACAUGCGGACCGAUCCCCAUGCGGCGCAGAGGGUGUUUGCCGCCCCGGGCUUGGCCAACAAGAUCUUGCUUGCGCCGCUCAACCUCACCCACACUGCAUUGGCCACCCCGGCCGUUCGCCUGGCCAUCUACAACCCGCUGGGGAAAAACAGCUCGGCAUUGCGGAAGAUGUUUUCGCAGAUCUUGACUUUCUACAACAACGCGUACGUCAAGAAGUACGGUCUCCACCAGGGCCCGCCGAUCCACGACCCACUUGCGCUUUUCCUCCUCUUGCCGAAGCUUGCCAGCGAGGCCCCUGAGCUCCUGGAGUACGCGGAGUCAUGUGACUUCCAUUAUCUCCAGAGACACUUGGACGUCGCUACCAAGGGCGACGAAUUGGGGCGCACGACCUACGUGGACUCCAACUUGGACCCGUUGCGUGUGGAGCGAGGCGGUGUUUUUGUUGGCCAAAGUGUGAACAUCCCGUUUUUCUGGAGGCACGUGCUUGCGGCCUUGGACCUCGCCGACGCCCAGGUCCUCAGCCGGAGCUAG